AUGCCUUAUAUCUUUCAAUUGAUCCUGUUCAAUAUGUCAAUGUGCCUGUUUUAUCAAAAUGUUUUGUGUCAAUCCAAAAUGAUGAAGAAUUUUCUCCCGAAAGAAAAUAUUAUUCCAAAGAAACAUGUGUCUUCAUUGAACUUAGAUAUACAGGCAGAAGAGUUUCGAAAAAGCAGUAAAAAGGUAACCAAAUAUGAAAGCAAAGGACUUCCCAUAGUGCACCAUUAUAAAUAUGUGUCAGAACUUCCUGUUGGUCACCGUUUUGCAAUGAAGAAGUUCCAUGGAAUUUUACGCUAUCUUCGUCAGGAUAAUGUUAUCUCAAUGAAGCAAGUGGUUGAACCUUGCCCACUAGAUAUGGAGAAAAUGUCUGGUGUCCACACAACUGAUUACUUGAAAAAAUUUUUUAAUGGCCUUACAUCUGACAAUGAACAAAGAAGAACUGGGUUCAAGUGGACUCCAGGCCUUGUGGAAAGGUGCCAAUAUGAAACAGGAGGUACUUUAUUAGCUGCCCAAAUUGCACACCAGAAGGGCCUUGCCUGUAGCACAGGAGGAGGAACACAUCAUGCUUUUCCUAGUUAUGGAUCUGGUUUUUGUCUUGUUAAUGAUCUUGCCAUUGCUGCAUCUCAGUUAAAAGAACAAAAGCUGGCCAAAAAGAUCCUCAUUGUUGACCUUGAUGUUCAUCAGGGAGAUGGUACAGCAUUCAUCUUCCAGAAUGAUCUUGAUGUUUUUACCCUGUCUAUGCACUGCCAAAACAAUUUUCCUCUCACAAAACAAAAAAGUGAUUUAGACAUUGAACUUGAAAAUUUCAUCGAGGAUUUGGAAUAUUUGGCCAUUCUUAAAGAACACCUGCCUCAUGUACUAAAUACAUUUCGACCUGAAUUUGUGUUCUAUGAUGCUGGAGUUGAUCCCCAUGUCAAUGAUGAACUUGGAUAUCUCAACCUAUCUGACCAGGGCCUCUUUGACCGUGAUUAUUAUGUUUUGAAAUUGUUAGCCUCACAUGGUAUUCCAUGUGCCACUGUAGUUGGAGGAGGCUAUUCCACCAAUAGAGAACAACUUUAUAUUCGACACACAAUUAUACACAGAGCUGCUACCAAGAUUUGGAAUGAAAAUUUAUGA